CUAUGGUAAUCAAUAAUGAUUGUCAGGUUGCUUCUGCUGACAUGCAUCCAAAUGCUCUCUCUGGCUCAGAGGCAUCUUUUCAUGGAUGAUUCCUGAAGUUCUGUGCAUGUUGAGGCACAGCAAGCUGAUUAAAUGAGAAUCCACCAGUAUAAUCACUUCACAGGAUCAUGUGACUGAGCUGCACCGCUCACACUUUCAUCUAGGAAACUCAAAUCAGUCCCCAGAGAAACAGACUGGCACUGAAUCCCAGCACGGCAGCCAGACUGGGAGCACUGGGAACGAGAGAGAGAGGGAGAGAGACACAGAGACACAGAGAGAGAGAGAGAGAUAACCUGCCCGGUGACGUCAGCAGCAGAUGGCAUCAAUGUUUUUACUGCUGGAAGAAGAAGAGAGACAGAGGAGAGGAAGGAGGAGGAGGAGGAAGAGAAGGAGGAGGACUGAUAUCUGCCGCUGAAAGCCUCUCUGAGUGUCUGGAAGCUUCAGGAAGAUGCUCUCUGGAAUUUAACACCAUAACUGGGAGAGAAGCUCGUCCGUCCUCUGACGGAAGGACAUCUACGUUAACAUGGACCACAGAGGUUGACUGGUCCAACUGAAGAAGAAGAAGAAGAAGAAGAAAAAGAAGAAGAACAAGAAGAGGCUCCUGAUAAAGAGGAGAACAUGCUGACUCUGCCUGUUGAUGAGCCGUCCUCCAACUGGACCAGCGGUCCCUCCAGAACCAGCUUGGCCACCAACCAAUCGGUCCGAUGGGUUAAGCCGGAGCCCGGAGGAGCCCUGGAGGACACGAUGGAGUCCAGGAGAGAGGACGAAGAGAGGGACGGUGGAGACGAGGAGGAAGAGGAACAAGUGGCUGAAAGUCUGAGAAGAAGGGGUUCUCAUAAAAAGAAGCCGAGCCAGGCCCGGCUGGACCGGAUUCGACUGCGGCGCAUUGAGGCCAACGCUCGGGAGAGGAACCGGAUGCACGGUCUGAACAACGCGCUGGACAGCCUGAGGAAAGUGGUCCCCUGCUACUCCAAGACGCAGAAACUGUCCAAAAUAGACACCCUCCGCUUGGCCAAGAACUACAUCUGGGCCCUCAGUGAGAUCCUGAGCACCGGGAAAAGGCCGGACCUGCUCACCUUCGUCCAGACUCUGUGUAAGGGUCUCACCCAGCCCACCACUAACCUGGUGGCCGGCUGUCUGCAGCUCAACUCCCGCAGCUUCACCUCGGAGCCGGGCGGGGAGGCGUUUCCCCUCUACCCAAACUAUCACCACCACCACCACCACACUCACCACCACGGUCAGGAGGUAGGGGGCUCCGGCCCGGCUGACGGCUGCAGGCCCCCGAGGCCCUUCGGCUCCUUCCGCGGACCCUACGAGGCUCUGUACGACAGCCCCUCUCCAGACAGCUCCGGCCCUCUGGACGCAGGGAUCCUCAGCCCGCCCAUCAACCUCAACGGGAUUUUCUCGGUGAAACACGAGGAGCCGGUGGAUUACCGGAGCUGUUACUACGGCCUCCGUUACUGCUCCAUCAGCCAGGGCUCCUCCGCAGACCUCGGCCCGUAUGACGUCCAGCUCCGGGGCCAGUUCUACCAGGUUCAGGAGGAACUAAAUAAGCCUUUCCUAAAUGAAUGAGCCACACAUGGAGAUGAUGAUUAAACAGAAGCCCAAUCAUCCCGCUGAUAUGGACAACAGUACAGUUAAAGCUGGUAUUUUUACUACAACGGACCACAGCGCAAUAAGAGAAAAGACGAAAGCCACAGGGAACUAUGCAUUUCUCAUUAUUAGACUACUAUUAUACAUGUAUUAUUACUUAAUAUUUAUUCAUUUGUAUAACUAAUAAUCAAUGCUUUUUUUUCCUUCUAAUUUUGUGCUUUUGUGGAAAGUAGCCUAUUGAGUGAAACUUUCAUUGAAAAUAUGUAAAUAACUAAUUCUAUGUUUGUAUAGCUGGAACUGUAUGUUAAGUGUUUAUUGGAAUCCUACAGCCACAUUGAUUUAGAUAUUGGUGGUAAUAAUGUUGUCUUAACACUCAGGCCUUACCAUGUUCAGGAGAUAAAUAAGUAUUCUCACCGCAACUAAUUCAAAUUGUACUUUAUUCAGACUUAAUGUAUUGCUACAGUUGGCCGACAGAAGAAUGUGCUGUUGAAAUGUGCAUGUGAUAUCGAUAUCAUCUGGAUUAUUUUUCUUCCUCAGUGGUGUAGAGGUGCUGCUGCUGUUGCUCUGUUUUUUACUGAAGACUUUUGCCUUCUUUUGAAAAUGCAUCACAAAUAUGACUAACGCUGCUGGGUUUCAUUUGGCAAAUUGUUAUCAGAUAAGGAGUGGAUGUUUAGGUGAGGUCGGUCUGUUAAUUCUGGUGCAGCUUUGAUUUAUACAACAAAUAAAACACAAGUUGAAACAAUCA